CUCAGGCAAGAUGGAGGAACGCAGCAGCUGCGGGAGAACAAUGUUUGGACUCUGAAGAUUAAAACAAACGUCGGAGGGGGCAAAAUACACAGAGAAAGCGCCAACGGUGGACAUGCACUGGUAAGCGAAAUGCGGAAAUGGGCUUUGCGUGAAGUUUGAAGCGCCGGAGAGGCGCGUGCGAGCGGAGCAGACAACAAAGCGCAGCGACGUAAUGUAGCAUGUAGCCGCUUAGCUUGACGCGAAGCAUCAAUUGUUCGCUUGAGUUGCAUGGCUGUUUAUUAUGGGUAAGCGUUGUGUCUUGCACAGCCACACCAUUGUACCUAUUCUAUCUCUCUAUAUUUCAUUGUUUCGAGCUCACAGGGGGGAAAUAAUCGCAGCUCUACCUUUGCAUAAUGUUGCUUUUUCUUAAAACUUGGACUAUUUUCUUGUGAAUAUGAUUAAAUGAGUGCAUAACGUGUGCCCUAUGCCUCGCCAACGUAAUUUAUUUAUUAUGCGUCGCUUAGCCUGCUAGCUAGCGCGUUAGCGAUGAGGGCCUUUGUGAGUCGGCAUGAAGUUAUUAAUAUGGAUCCCACCAUAACGGUCCUGCGAUACACACAAAAACUUAAAACUCUGCCAAUCAUUUCCACAGUAUAGAUCCCCGGGGCACGUACAGCGGAGCCGCGUGUUUGCCGAUAUGGUAACUGUGCCUCUUGGUUGAGACUAGUGUUGAUUUGAGUGUAUAAAAUGAAUGAUUUGUGUCUAACGCUAGCUGAUUGAUGUGCUAGCUCAGUUGGCUAACGUACGCACGCGAGCUAUUUACAUACCAUCUGCGUCGCGUGCAGUCUGCGCGCACUCAGAACACAAAGAACCGAGAGCUGUUACACGAGAUAAAAGACUUGACGCUGGGACACCGUGUUCCCCAUCAUUCACGUUUCUGAGCUUUGCAUCAAAUGUGUUUCUUUUACUUACGAGAAAGUUAGACUAUUUGGGAGUUAGACAUGGUUUAAACCUCUUCUAUUAAAUUUGGAUAUGGUUUAUACCACAUGCAUGUUCGUGCUCGUGGAUCAUAUUGAUGCUGGUUGUUUUGCCUCGAAUCCGAAGCGCUUCUUCAGACGUGACAUGGAUGGAGGGGUUCUGACUAACGCACCACAUCUGGUUCAGAUCCAGUCAACCGGCCUUUUAAGGGAAAUGAAAGGUAUGAAUCAUCGUAUGGCGCAUGAACCCAAAGAAGAGAAAUUGGCUUCCAGGAAACAUUAUGUACUCGCUAUACACGCGCACACCGUAGACUGAGGCUCGUAUGCAGUGGUCGUUUGCGUCAUUUUAACAGUAAAUCUUAACUGUCCCAUUAAAAAGAUUGUGGCCAUAGUUUCAGAUAUGGUAGUUAAUACAUAACCAUGCUAUUGUGGAAUGUAUUUGAUUUAUCUUUCAUUGUUCUUUUUAAUGACAUCUAUAGUCAUUUUCACAGUUCCUUGUACCAUAUAAAAGUACCAUGUUUUGUCUUAAAAUCUGGUUGUGUACAAAAAAAACAUUGUGGUGUACAAUAGGGCAUUGGCGAUUAUGUUCACCAGCUGUAGUAAACAAACAAAGCGCAGCGAUGUUCUCGGUGACGUCGGCAGUGAAGCAAAGCCAGACGCCUAGCAUUCAACUCAUAACAAUAAUGCUUUGACAUUAAAUAACCGACACCACAGACUGAGCUAGGCCUCAUGUUUAAUGUUUCACAUACACACACGUUAGAAUUUAAACUGCACAGGGCAUAAGAGGAAUGUCACCAAGUACUCUAGCAUUCCUAAUACUAGUGUAGUUCACGAGGCUCAGCAUCUGUGUUUGUAUUUAUAACAUGUACUUAAUCCUUAAUGUUCAAAAUAGAGCGUGUGACCAAACACAGACCGUUUGUUUUGCAUACAUGAUAUCCUGACCUGAAGUGACGUGUGUGAAUGUCUUGUUUCUUCAGCCUUUAAAUAGACAUGUAUUAAUAUUAUAUUCUUAUUGUAUCUGGGCCUGCCUCCUGAUUUAGGAUUGUUUGUAUUUUAACAUGGCAAACAAUACCAAUUUUUGUAGAUUAGAAAAUUUGCUCUUGUUUUGCUUAUUCAUGUCUUUAGUAGAAUAACACUCCUAUUAAAGCAAAAUAUGCAACUACCAAAUUGUUCUUGAAAACUAAUGCAGUGAUGUCAUUAUCAUGAUCUUAUGCGAUCAUUAAGAUCUAAUGAAUAGGAUGCGAGCACAAUUAAAUGUUUGAACUGAUGGUCGAUACUAAUCAUGUUAUUCUGGUUCGAAUGAAAUGGUGUGGUUUCAAUCCGCUAUUGCGUAGGGCUGUGCAAAAAUGUCGAUACGUGUAACUAUCACAAUGUAUAUUUUUUCAAUAGUGUAUCGAUAGUGAUACCUCUACUAUCGAUAUAUUUUUUUUAAUUAUGUCAUAUACAUACGGCCAAAAGUAAGUGGAAGCGAGCAUGGCGAAAAAUAUAAGAACGCUUGGAGCUCUCAGAGCUGAUGUGUGGGAGUGCUUUGGUUUUAAAAAUAAGUAAUGGAGUAAUGAGUUAUAAAAUAAUGCUGUUUGUAGGCUUCGCAAGUCGUGACACAAGUCACUUGGCUACUGCCGUGCAUUAGACAAAAAGUUUAUUAAGAAAAGUAACAAUGACAUUUAUUGUGCUUUCACGGAUGUGACACCAGCGCAUUUACAGCACGGAUAAACCAGCGGUUUAAACUGCCCAUGUUCAGUGUUUUAACUGUAAUGCACCACAACAGCCAAGUGACUUGCGUGAGCCACCUUAUUCCCCUGUGCUACCCACUUGAGGGGCGCAAUCCACAGUUUUAGAAGCCAAACCUCUGAUCUAAAGGUCCAUGCAUCGCACAUCAUGGCCACUCUGCAGAGGAUGAGCGAGGUGCCUUCACAUUUAAGUGGUCCCCAUCGCCCCCGAUCCAGCAUUAGCAUCGGUGUGAUAAAUCUCUAAGCAUUGCCCUUCACCAUGAGCCUGAUCCAGGAUAAACUUGGCAAUGAGUUCCUGCGCUCCAACGGUGGCAUGGAGCCAGGCUUUGGUCCGAGCAUGCUCAUGUUCAGCCACCUGCCCCCUGUCACUAGCUUCACCCGUCUGGCCAGUCAAACGGUUAUGGCUGACCUGCAGCCCCACGAGAUGAUCCUCAAGAAGGAGAGGGACUCGCCGGAUUGUGGAGGAGGGCUCAGUGGAGGCAUGUGUGGCGGAGGUGGCAUAGCAGGCAUGCUAGGAGGUGUGGGAGAUUAUGUUCAUGCCAUGGGCAUUAAACAAGAAAAGGUUUCUGAACACGAUUAUAGACUGCCCCUCUAUUCGGAGGGCGGAGUCGGGACUGGACUACGGAGUGGAGGAGAAUUGCUGGAGGUGUCGCUGGGCGACCAUCAGAACCUGGUGGUGCAUGACCUCAGUCUGGGAAACCUGUCAGGGCGGUUGGUAAAAGAACCCUCAGGGAGGAAAGGUCGAAGGUCAAAUUGUGAGGGACAGGAGGGCAAGACGCGGAGGAAACGAGGAGAGUCGAAGUCUCUGAUGCUGGAUCCAGAUGGAGGCAGCUUGUCUCCAAACUCCAAACCACACAUCUGUGAGCACUGCAGCGCAGCGUUCCGCAGUUCCUAUCAUUUACGCAGACAUGUGCUUAUACACACAGGUGAGAGGCCUUUCCGCUGCAAUCAAUGUAACAUGAGCUUCAUUCAGAAAUACCUCCUACAAAGACACGAAAAGAUCCACAGUGGAGAGAAGCCAUUCAGCUGUGAUCAGUGCAACAUGCGUUUCAUUCAGAAGUAUCACAUGGAAAGACACAAGAGAACUCAUAGUGGAGAAAAGCCAUACAAGUGUGAUACCUGCCAACAGUAUUUUUCUAGGACGGACCGGUUGCUGAAGCACAAACGGACGUGUGGAGAUGGCACAAAAAAGGGUGCGGAUGGGUCAGAGCACGAGUUGGGUGUCGCAGGUGAUGGGGAACAUGGCAGCUAUGGAAUCACUCAGGGAAAUGUGGCCACGCCUGGACGCAAACGAGGCAAGUCAAAAAAUGCUGGCGAGGGGGGUGAACGCAAGCGCAAGAAACCCACUGGGGCUAUGGGGGCGACACAUAUUCAGGGGGCAGAGGCUUAUGGCCUUCAUGACUUCAACUCGGUCGCGAACAAUGGGGUUUCAACAACGUCUUCUGCCCAGUCGGACCCCAGCAUGGAUGGGGAACCUGGACGGGCUCCCAAGAUGGCCUUUAAAAAGGUUAACAGGAAGUCCAUGGAGAAGACUGCUCACUCCAUAGAUCAAUCCAAGCCAGGAGGCAUGGAGUUGCCUGGGGGAGGCUUGAAUACCCUUGGGCUCCUACCAGGUCCUGGGGCCAAAGUUGGUCCCAACAGCAGCAAUUACGAUGAUGCCAUGCAGUUUCUGAAGAAGCGACGAUACCUCCAUGUAACAAAUAAUGGGGCUGUAGGUGCUUCAGACUACGACGUAGGCGUCAGUCAUCUGCAGUCGCAACCGACGGUUAUUCAGGGUGUUGUUUCUGGGGUUCUUGAUACAGAUGCCUCACUUGGCCUGUUGGACUCCUCCCCUCUAGGAGAUAUCAAGCAGGAUAAGUCUGUAAUCCCAGAUGAGGUUCUGCAGAGCUUGUUGGACCACUACGCUCACAAGCCUGAUGUGACCUUCGACAUCACGGAUCCCCAUCACGUGGAGCUCCAGACAGCUGCCACGGACCCACUGGGACAUGAUGACUCCCCCUCAAGUCCCAACAGUGGAGACAAAGCUGUGAUCAUGCACGAGUACUCACGUUUUCUCUUACAGGCACUAGAGCGGACCAGUCACAGUUCAGGCUUCCCGUUGGGCCCAAGUCCUGGUUCUGCCGCUACUACCACAGGACCGUUUUCAGGGCCAAGCCCACUUCUCUCAGACAAGCAUGUGUAUACAUCCUCACCUUUAGAGUACUCAUUCUCACAUCCUGUUUCUUCCUCACCUUCCCUCUCCUCUGUGCCGAAGUCCCACUUUGGUCUACUAGAGGGCUCGUCACCUCCGCAGGGCUUCCACAUGAGCAGCCUGGAGCAGUCUGCGCACGCACAACAGCAACUCACACCUUCCCAGGAGCUUACUGAACAGUUGGACAAACAGCACACGUCCCCUCCGCCACCUCCGCACACCCCCAAUGCCAAUACUUACCAAAUCACGCCUCAGCCUCCAGACCUGGGCAGUCAGAAGGAAACUCAAGGGCCGAAAAAUGGAGCGACGGCCACCACUGGAGGAUUCUCCCUGGGCACAUCUCAGGAUCUGACAACCCUGGACCCAGCCAAGGCCCAUUUUCAGAUCGAAAACUUUGCUCAGGCUUUUGGAGCGCAGUUUAAAGGGGGGCGCGUGCCCCUUGCCUUCAGCAAUGACUCGAGGGGCGAGGUGAAUCACAGCAUACAGACACAGGUUUCUGAAUUCUCAGGGUAUAGCAGUCUCUUGGCUGAUGCCAGCGAUGCCGUCAGCACCGGCUCCAAAACCCCAACAAGCCAAAGCUACAGGUGAAUGGGCUCACGUGCCUAGAUGCUCAGAUGGAGGUUCCCUAUUUUAUUUUCUCAUCAUGCGGUCUUUAUUUUGUAUUAUUGUUAUUAUUAUUGUUAUUAAGUUCUGCUAUUUUAAUGAAAUUGAAAUGUUUUUGAGUUAUGUUUUCUCACUGCCGUUAUGUUCAUAAAAUCCCCACUCCUUUGGCCUGCAAUCCAUUUUCCAAUGUUUUCCAAUGCAUCAGUUUUAUUUUUUUGUAAGUAGACGUUUAGGUCUGUUUUGGUAAUCAGUAGGGAGGAAACGCUUUUAAAGCUUAAGUACAGUAUCAAAGGUCUCGUUCUGUUUACUUUUUCUGAUAGACAUUCACGUUUUAGACACUGACUUCACAAACAUGUAAGGAUGACUUUAAAAUAGCAAUGGCAGGGAGUAUCCCAGAACUGAAAUUGUCUGUUACAAUGAUUAAAGUAUUACUCAGGAAAAUGUGUAAACAGCAAAUCUAUCGGAAGGGUAGCAAGCAUUCAUUGAAGAGGCAGACAUUUGCUAAAACAAAAAAAACUUUUGUUUUUCGGGAGAUUUUUUUAAAUUCUUCUGAACAAGUGCAACAAAUAGAAGAAAAACUGCUGCCUGCUAAAUUACACUGACACCACUUUUCACUUGGCUAUAUAGAGAUUAUGGUACUUUUAUGUCAAUGUGAAUUGCUCACAUUCUAUUUCCGUAAGGGCCAUAUAUAUAAAUAUAUAUUUAUAAGAAUAUCUGUAUGUACAAUUACAUGUAAUCUUUCUUAAGACUGGCAGGUGACUUGGAGGAGAUGAGGGAUCGAGAUGUCCGAUUUAUUCUUUGGGUUGUAAGGCCAAAAGCUACACACUAGAGGGCGCUGCAUGCAAGUGUGAUUAAAUCAGAUUAUGGGAUUAUUAUGUGACUGUCUAGAUUUCUCAUCCCUCUCUCCCUCCAUCCACUUCUUCUCUCCCUUCAAAAUGAAUCCCAUCUAGCACUUUUUUGGAACUGUUUAUUUUUAAAAUACUACCCGGCUGAUUGCACAGAAUGUAAACUGUGUUACUGAUAUGCUGUUUUAAAAGGGGCAACAUUUGGUCAAUUGGGAGUGGGCAGAAAAGGGGCGGCGUUCAUUUUAGUAAUUGUAGAUUGUUAAAAAAGGCAUUGAUAAUGUCUUUACUAUGGAAUGUGCUGGAAUUGUGGGUGGGAUUUCGGUGCGGGUGGGAGUGUGUGGUAUCUUUUUAUAUUUUAAUUCCCAUUUUUUCACCGAUGUGUGUUAGGCAGGUUGUAGAAGGGGAUGGGACUGGGAUGGACCGGAGUGCUUUCUUUUAUCUGUUUUUUUUUUUUCAUUUUGUGAGUAUUGGAUUGGGAAAAAUGUGAUGUGUUAAAAUGUUUUUUAUACCCUUUACCAGAGAUGACUUGUCCCGCUCUUAAUUUAUAUAGUACAGGUCCUAAAUUUAAUGCCUGUACACAAGAAAUUCAGCCAAUUUAUUGCAGUGUGCAUGCAGGGCAAAGUGUUACCUAAACUACAUUUUUAUAAGACAUUUUAUUUUGUACUGUACAAGUAUUAUUGUAAUAUCUUUUUCAAUAAUGAUCAACAACCGCAUUGUCUUCCAUCAGCGCUGUUGGCCGCUGUCACACCGAUUGUUGAAUUACUGUCAUGUUCUGUUGCAUUUGUAGUCCUCUGCACCCCUCCUUAAGAACAUGAUUCUUUGAAGGACAGAACAACAUGCAAGAUUUUUCGACCACAUUGCAUCUAGUAGGGAACAAAAACUGACCACUAGGACUGAGCAUAACAUUAAGAAGGUUGGGGUACACAUUCACAAUAAUGGUGGAGGUAUAACAAUCUUUGGUUAGUCUGAUGACUUGGUGAUAUGAAAUCAUUACAACUGACGUCUUUAUACCUCAUAUCAAUGACGAAAGGGAAGCAGGGAUAUCAAUGUGUGAACUUUAUGUAGAUUGACUGAUGUGCCCCCAGAUCUGUUGUGAUUAGAGUUGUUCAGUCUCCAUACGCUCAAAGUUUAUUUGUCAUGUACAUGUGCGCUGGCUGUGAAUUCACUUUUGUCCUAAAAUAACGCCCAUCCACAGGAUGUUCAAUUGUAAUGUUCAAUACAUGAGAUUUUGUCAUUUUUGUUUUAGGACGUGAUCUACUGGAAAAUGAUUACUGGUGAAGGUUUAAUGAAGUGCAGAUCUCUGAUGCACUGUUUGAAUGAUAUCCUGUUUGGCUUGAAUAACCCUAGCCAUCAAUUUGACAGUGAUUGCCACAAUAAGGUCCUCUCCCUCUCUAUACUACUUUUUGCGUUUUGCUGUAUAUUCCUGAAAGUAUUUAUUUUGUUUACAUACAGUUAAUAACACUAAAAGUUUCCCCUUGGUUUUUUGCAUGUACAUUUUUAUACUGUUAUACUUUGCCCCAUUUUUUGUCACCAUGCCAAAUUUGUAGCGAAUGGUCUUUUUGUUCUCUCUGUCUUAUUUUAUUGCAGAUUCUUGUGAUCUGAUUCACAGGGCUAUACUUGUCCAUUUCGACUUUAUUAUUGAUUAGGAAAAACAAUAAAAAUGCUGAUAUCAGUAUGCUUUGAUCUGUGGGUU